AUGCACGUAAUACCUAUAUACACACUCUUCAAGCAUCAUGCACUCAAUGGACUCGUUGCAAAAUCGCCUUGGCCUGGCGAGCAAGCAGAACGAAGCCAAGCGGACCUGCAGCGUGAGGCACGCGCACAUCGCCAAAUCCAAGAGGGCCUGACCGAGAAUGAUUACACGAGGAGAUUCAUUCGAUUGAUUUCAUGCGACCCGAGCGACUCAACAUUAACGAUGGAAUAUGCGAAAAUGGGCACGCUGCGCAAUUAUCUUCAAGCACAUGCAGAGCAGAUUGAUCAAUCGCGUCGAUACUCUUGGAUCCUUGCGAUGGCUGAAGGGCUAGCGAUGCUACAUGCACAGAGCAUUAUCCAUUGCGAUUUCACCCCAAACAACAUGCUCCUCGAUGAUCGUUUAGAGCUCAAAAUUACGGACUUUGGAUGCUGCUCGAUCGACGGGUCGCGGCCCACUGGUGCUGCAAGUAUACGUUUCGACCCUUGCAAUGGCGAUUGGAGGACUCUAGCUACACAAGUCGAAGACCUUUUUGCGCUUGGCUCGAGCAUCUUCGAGGUGCUUACUGGCAAGAGACCGCUUGAAGAUAUACCCUCAGAAUCUCAGAUCAGGUUUCGAAGAUCUCACUGGACUAGAGAUGGCGCAUUCAGCUCAGGCGGUUUACCAACGGAUUCUUACGGCGGUGUGACACUGCCAGAAUGGAAAAACGCCUGA